UUUUCACAAACAACGAGACCGGAGAUCUACUGAAGGAAAGCGAAAUUAUGAGAAGGCCGGAUCUCGCUGAAACGCUGGAAAUAAUUGCCAAAGAAGGUAAAAAGGCUCUGUAUGGCAAAAGCACGCUUGCGGAAAAGUUCUUACAAGACCUGAAGAACUCAGGAAGCAUCAUCGACAAAACGGACCUCCGAAAUUACGUGCCAGAGUGGCGUCGUGUCGUUGCCGCCCGGUUGCGAGACAACAUGACGAUGUUCUCCGUGUCUCCUCCAGGGAGCGGACCCCUCCUCGCCUUCAUCCUCCACGUCCUUGACGGUUACGGUGAGGACUUCAGCCUCGAGGGGGCGACCGGAAGUCGGGAUCGGGCGACGUUGGCCUUGCAUAGGAUGCUGGAGACAUUCAAGUUCGCCUACGCGAAGAGAAUGUACAUGGAAGAUGAUGAUUCUCCCGAGAUGCAACAGAUUGUGAAGCAGUUGGUUUCUAGGAGUUACGCCGACUCUAUCCGAGAGAAAAUAGAUGACACUCGGACGUUCGACGACCCAGGCCACUACGGUGUCAACGUCACAGUGCACGAGGACCACGGUACAGCUCACGUGACAGUCGUCGGUCCAGACGGCGAUGCCGUUGUAGCGACGACCACUGUCAAUCAGUACUUCGGAAGUCUGAUAAUGUCUCCACAAACGGGCAUCAUACUGAACGACGAGAUGGACGACUUCAGUUCGAGGAACAUCACCAACUACUUCGGCCUUCCUCCGAGUCAGAAGAACCUGAUCCACCCGGGAAAGCGCCCCAUGAGCUCCAUGUGCCCCACCGUAGUCGUCGACAGCAACGGAGACGUCCGAUUGGCCGUGGGAGCGAAUGGAGGGACGCAAAUCACCACCAGCGUCGCUCAGGCUAUUGUACGGAAUUUGUUCCUCAAAGAAGAUAUCAAGAAGACAAUAGAUGCUCCGCGAUUCCAUCACCAACUGUUGCCAAACUACAUAGAAUAUGAGACUCUAUUUCCUCAGAGUACCUUGGAAGAUUUGAGAAAAAUGGGCCACAAAACUCACGUCUUAGGAAGUAAAAUGGUUGGUAUUUUGAUGGGGAUCGCAAGAGGAGAAGACGGUUUGCUGUAUGCCAAUUCCGACUACAGAAAAGGAGGGAAUGUCGACGGGUUCUGAGAACUCGUUCAAGCAUUUUGAUGUCUGAAAUACCGUCCAUUGUAAAAUUUGUAUAUAGACUCUCAGCAGUAUUUUUAAAUGUCAUGUUCAUGUUUGAAUUUACCAAGAGAAUUCUUAAUGCGUGACAAACUUUCAAAACUUGAAAACAGAAAUACAGUUGAACUCCGAUUUAACGAAUUCACCGGGCCCGAAACUUUUAUACGUUAAAUCGGGGUUAUUCGUAAUAUCGGGGUGUGAAAAUCGUUUUUUUAAAUGCACUCACAUUACCUAAUAAGCAACUGCGCAAAAAAUAUCCAUAAUUCGAGUGUUUACAUUUUUUAUUCAGCAUCCCACGACUUAUUACCACGCUGGUUAAUUUGAAGUUCUUAACUACUGAGUAAUAGAUGUUUGACAAUUCCUUGAUACUUGACUCGAAAUAGCUCUCCUUCGACUUUAUGGGAAAAAGAAAAUACUGUGUCGUUUACAGCGUGCUGCAUGAAAGAUGUUUUUACAGUUUCCAGGCUAUGUAAAGCAUUAAAAAAUGUUAAGUUUCAAUGGCAGUUUCACUAUCGCUUCCUGCAUCAGAAUCACUAUUUGUUGACUGUCCCCUCGCAAAAAUGGCUGAUUUCAAGAAAAGUAUUUUUUCUGCUUCGGACAAUAUGGAUGUAACAUUUGGAAAACAAUCUAAUAUUCCCUUGACCGAAAAAGAAAAAAAAAAUCGGCUGUUAAAAAAAUUCGCUUUUUCGGGGUACGUUAAAUCGGGGUUAUUCGUAAUAUCGGAGUGUGAAAAUCAUUUUUUUUUAAAUGCACUUACCCUACAAAAGCCCUAAUAAGCAACUGUGCAAAAAUAUCCGUAAUUAGAAAGUGUACACUUUUUAUUCAGCAUUCCACGACUUAUUACACGUUAGUUAAUUUGAAGUUCUUAACUACUGAGUAAUAGAUGUUUGACAAUUCCUUGAUACUUGACUCGAAAUAGCUCUCCUUCGACUUUAUGGAAAAAAGAAAAUACUGUGUCGUUUACAGCGUGCUGCAUGAAAGAUGUUUUUACAGUUUCCAGGCUAUGUAAAGCAUUAAAAAAUGUUAAGUUUCAAUGGCAGUUUCACUAUCGCUUCCUGCAUCAGAAUCACUAUUUGUUGACUGUCCCCUCGCAAAAAUGGCUGAUUUCAAGAAAAGUAUUUUUUCUGCUUCGGACAAUGUGGAUGUAACAUUUGGAAAACAAUCUAAUAUUCCCUUGACCGAAAAAGAAAAAAAAAAUCGGCUGUUAAAAAAAUUCGCUAUUUCGGGGUACGUUAAAUCGGGGUUAUUCGUAAUAUCGGAGUGUGAAAAUCGUUUUUUUUAAAUGCACUUACCCUAUCUAAAAGCUCUAAUAAGCAACUGUGCAAAAAUAUCCGUAAUUAGAAAGUGUACACUUUUUAUUCAGCAUUCCACGACUUAUUACACGUUAGUUAAUUUGAAGUUCUUAACUACUGAAUAAUAGAUGUUUGACAAUUCCUUGAUACGUGACUGGAAAUAGCUCUCUUUCGACUUGAUGGAAAAAAGAAAAUUACUGUGUCUUUUACAGCGUGCUGCAUGAAAGCUGUUUUUACGUUUCUAGGCCAUGUAAAGCAUUAAAAAAUGUUAAGUUUUAAUGGCCGUUUCACUAUCGCUUCCUGCAUCAGAAUCACUAUUUGUUGACUGUCCCCUCGCAAAAAUGGCUUGAUUUCAAGAAAAGUAUUUUUUUUGCUUCGGACAAUAUGGAUGUAACAUUUGGAAAACAAUCUAAUAUUCCCUUGACCAAAAAGGAAAAAAAAAUCGGCUGUUAAAAAAAUUCGCUAUUUCGGGGUACUUUAAAUCGGGGUUAUUCGUAAUAUCGGGUUGUGAAAAUCGUGUUUUUAAAUGCACUUACCCUACCUAAAAGCUCUAAUAAGCAACUGUGCGAAAAUAUCCGUAAUUCGAAAGUGUACACUUUUUAUUCAGCAUUCCACGACUUAUUACACGCUAGUUAAUUUGAAGUUCUUAACUACUGAAUAAUAAAUGUUUGACAAUUCCUUGAUACUUGACUCGAAAUAGUUCUCUUUCGACUUUAUGGAAAAAAGAAAAUACUGUGUCAUUUACAGCGUGCUGCAUGAAAGAUGUUUUUACAGUUUCCAGGCCAUGUAAAGCAUUAAAAAAUGUUAAUUUUUAUUGGAAGUUUAAUUAGCACUUUCUGCAUAAGAAUCGUCAUUCAUUGGUUGCCCCUCGCUCAUUAAAACUUGCUGAUUUCAAGAAAAGUAUUUUUUCUGCUUCGGACAAUAUCAGGGCCGGAUUUAGCGGAGGGCAGGCGGAGCUACUGCCCCGGGGCCUCCACAACAAAGGGGCCCCCACAAUAAAAUUUUUACAAAACAUCCUAACUUUCAACGGUCAGCAAAUUUUACGUUUUUUCUCCUAUACAAAUUAUAAUAAUAAUAAUGUAAAAAAAUAAAUAGCAGUAACUUUAGGAUGUAUUUACUAUUAAAGUGCUGAUCGAAAAUAUCGGAUAUAUACAUGUAUAUCAAAAUAUUCGGAUAUAUAUCAAAGUAUCGGAUAUUUUCGAAAAUAUGAUGAUAUUUUCGAACCUUGAU